CUCUGUCUCUCUCUCUCUCUCUCUCUCUCUCUCUCUCUCUCUCUCUCUGUGUCCGUGUCUCUGCGUUUCGGUGAUAGCGGUGGCGAGAUCCUGCGAGAGAGAAGAAGUAACCUUCGGAAUAAGAAUCACUUCUCUCAUUGCCAAACCUCUGUCGUCUUCAGAAUCUGAUCGGACCCAAGCGCUAAUCCACCGUCCGUCCCUCAUCGCCAUCACAGUAUUCUCUCUCUCCGUGUCUGUGUGUGGGCGAGAGAGUGCGGGCAAUCGUGCUGGUUUGAGCAGUUUGUAUCGGAAAGAUAAUUGAUUUUGGUUGGCGUUUCUGGAUUGCUGAUGUGCAGGGACUGUAUCUGUCGAAUUAACCCGGGUAAUCCAGCGUAAAUGGGUCGCAAGAAGCCCACAGCCCGGGACGAUGACAACCCAGCUCCGGCUGCGAAAUCCAAGAAGAAGGCGGUUGUGAUAGACGACGAUGAGUACUCGGUCGGGACGGAAUUAUCCGAAGAACGGGAAGUUCCGGAGGAGCCGGUGGUGAUUACUGGGAAAAAUAAAGGCAAGAAGGGAACCUCAAAGGCUCAGCAGCCCAAAGAGGAGGAAGAAGAUGUCGAGAUGGCGGUCGAAGAGGACGAUGCUCCCCCGCCUGCUGUAUUCACAGGGAAAAAGAAGGGGAUGUCGAAAAAGGGGGGAGGUGGUAAUGCAUUUGCAGGUUUUGGAUUGCUUGGAGACGAGGGAGAGGAUGAGGAGGAUGAGGAGGAUGAAGAGGAGGCAUCGGUGUUGACUGCUGAGAGAGGAGAUAGCGAGGAAGAGGAGGCCCCGGCUAUUAGUUUUUCUGGAAAGAAGAAGAAGUCCUCAAAGAAAGGAAGUAAGGGUGAGAAAACUUCGUUUACGGCCUCAGGUUUUGGUGCUUUAGAUGACGACGAUGAGGUGGAUGAAGGGGCUGUGGUUGAUAGUGAUCACGAAAGCAAACCGAUUGAUGAUAAUGGCGACGAGCCUGUAAUUGCUUUUACAGGGAAGAAAAAGCCCUCGAAGGGCGGAAAGAAAGGUGGGGCUGGUGGUUUUAGUGCUCUGGGUCAGGAGGAGGAGGAGAAGGAGGCGGAUGAGGACGAGGAAGUAGAUGCAGUAACAUUUUCAGGGAAGAAGAAGAAGUCUUCUAAGACCUCCAAGAAGAGCGAUGGGCACUCAUUUACCGCAUCGGGUUUUGGUGCUUUGGGUGAAGAAGAUGAGGAGGAGAAGGAGAAGGAAGAUGAGGACGAGGAAAUCAGCAACAUUACCUUUACAGGGAAGAAGAAGAAGAAGUCUUCAAAGGCCUCAAAAAAGAGCGGUGGCAAUUCAUUUAGUGCUGCUGACUUCGCUGAUGAAGGGAGUGUCGAGGAUUACUCUGCACUAGAGGCCCCUAGCGCCAUUCAUGAGACUGUUAAGGAUGAAGGUAAGAAGAAGGAAGACGUGGUAGAGACUGCAAAGAACAAGAAGAAGAAAAAGAAGAGUGGGAGGACUGCUCAGGAAGAAGACGACUUAGAUAAAAUUCUUGCAGAGCUUGGUGGAGGUCCUUCUGUUUCAAAGCCAGUUGAGCCACUUCCCAAGGAGGAGAAAGUUGAUCUUCAGCCUGAGCCAGUUACCCAAGCAGAACCAGCGGCUGAGAAAGUAGGUGAAGAAGAACAUUUGGAAUCUGCUGCUGCAAAGAAGAAGAAAAAGAAGAAAGAAAAGGAAAAGGAGAAGAAGGCGGCUGCUGCAGCAGCUGUUGACGAAAAGCCUGAGGAACCAAAAGCAACUGCAGAACCUAAGAAGAAUGAAGCAAAGGGUAAGGCUGCUGACAAGAAGGUUUCUAGGCAGGUCAGAGAGAUGCAGGAGGCUCUUGCAAGGCGGAAAGAAGCUGAAGAGAGGAAGAAGAGAGAAGAAGAGGAGAAGCAAAGGAAGGAAGAAGAGGAGCGUAGAAGGCAAGAAGAACUUGAGAGGCAAGCUGAGGAGGCUAGGCGUCGGAAAAAGGAAAAGGAGAAGGAGAAGCUGCUAAAGAAGAAACAGGAAGGCAAGCUCUUAACUGCUAAACAGAAGGAAGAAGCUCGCCGGCUAGCUGCUAUGAGGGAGCAGAUACUAGCCAAUGCAAAUUUGCCAUCUGCUGGUGAUACUGGCAGUGCGCAAGCAAAAAGGCCCAUUUACCAGACCAAGAAAUCCAAACAAGCUCGCCAGCAGGCUAACGGUGCUGCCCCUGUUAAGGAGGUUGAGAGCGAUGAACCUAGGGAUAUCCAGCAAGAAACUGUUAGUGAAGCUGAUUCAAUGGAGCCAGAAAAAAUUGAGGAAGUGGAACUGGUAAACGCAGAAGAAAAGUCGGAAGUUGGUGAUGCUGAAGAAGAGAAUGGGAUGGCGGAAGAUGAGGACGAGGAUGAGUGGGAUGCAAAGAGUUGGGAUGAUGUCAAUAUUUCGGUCAAAAGCUCAUUCGCUGAAGAGGAGGCAGACUCUGAGCCUGAAAAGGUGGCCAAAAAGGAGAGAAAGGGUGCAGUUGCAGUUCCUCCUGCUGCUACAAAGUUGAGCAGUGCUCCCAAGAAAGUCGUUCCUUCUGAACAUGUGAAAUCUGAGGAGGUUAAGAAAACCCAGCCUGAGGCUGAAGUUGGAGAGCGGAAUAAGACAAAAGGGACUGCCCCAGCAAAAGCUGGCCCUGGUCCCUCUCCAACUCCUAAACCUAGCGGAGAGAAGCUUCGUUCUCCAAUUUGCUGUAUUAUGGGGCACGUUGACACUGGGAAGACCAAACUUUUGGACUGCAUUCGGGGCACAAAUGUACAGGAAGGUGAAGCUGGGGGUAUUACACAACAAAUAGGUGCCACAUACUUCCCUGCUGAGAACAUAAGGGAGAGGACCAAGGAACUUAAAGCUGAUGCAACACUCAAGGUCCCCGGACUGCUUGUUAUUGACACACCUGGGCACGAAUCAUUCACGAACUUACGUUCACGAGGUUCAGGUUUAUGUGACAUUGCUAUUCUGGUGGUUGACAUCAUGCAUGGCUUGGAGCCACAGACCAUAGAGUCGUUGAAUCUAUUAAAAAUGAGGAACACAGAGUUCAUAGUCGCGUUGAAUAAGGUUGACAGGCUUUAUGGGUGGAAAACAUGCAAUAAUGCACCUAUUGUUAAGGCUAUGAAGCAACAAACGAAAGACGUGCAAAACGAGUUUAAUAUGAGACUCAUACAGAUUAUAACUCAAUUUAAGGAGCAGGGUCUAAAUACCGAGCUAUAUUACAAAAACAAAGAAAUGGGAGAAACGUUUAGUAUUGUGCCUACAAGUGCAAUCAGUGGGGAAGGCAUACCGGACUUGUUACUUUUACUGGUACAAUGGUCUCAGAAGACCAUGGUUGAAAAACUAACAUAUAUUGACGAAAUUCAGUGCACAGUACUGGAGGUCAAGGUGGUUGAAGGCCAUGGGACAACUAUCGAUGUCGUGUUAGUUAAUGGGGUACUUCAUGAAGGAGAUCAGAUCGUUGUCUGUGGUUUGCAGGGGCCUAUUGUCACCACCAUUCGAGCUCUAUUGACGCCCCAUCCUAUGAAGGAACUCCGAGUGAAGGGAACAUAUUUGCACCACAAAGAAAUUAAGGCCGCUCAGGGUAUAAAGAUCUCUGCACAGGGACUGGAGCAUGCCAUUGCUGGCACUGGUCUAUACGUGGUGGGUCCUGAUGAUGAUAUUGAGGACGUCAAGGAAGCUGCAAUGGAAGAUAUGAAGUCCGUAAUGAGCCGAAUUGACAAGACCGGUGAGGGAGUUUGUGUACAGGCAUCUACACUCGGCUCAUUAGAGGCAUUGCUAGAGUUCUUGAAGUCCCCAGCAGUAAGCAUUCCAGUUAGCGGUAUAAGCAUCGGGCCUGUGCACAAAAAGGAUGUGAUGAGAGCCUCUGUGAUGCUUGAGAAGAAAAAGGAAUUUGCCACCAUCUUAGCCUUUGACGUGAAAGUGACCCCUGAAGCUCGGGAGCUUUCAGAAGAAUUGGGCGUUAAGAUCUUCAUGGCGGAUAUUAUCUAUCAUCUAUUUGAUCAGUUCAAGGCUUAUAUAGACAACAUCAAGGAAGAAAAGAAGAAGGAAGCAGCAGAUGAGGCAGUCUUCCCUUGUGUGCUCAAGAUUAUACCCAACUGUGUUUUCAACAAGAAGGACCCAAUAGUGUUGGGUGUUGAUGUCCUCGAAGGGAUCGCUAAGGUGGGGACUCCGAUAUGUAUUCCUCAGAGGGAGUUUAUUGAUAUUGGCCGUAUUGCAUCAAUUGAGAAUAAUAAAAAACCAGUUGAUACUGCCAAGAAAGGCCAAAAGGUGGCAAUUAAGAUUGUUGGUAGCAACCCUGAAGAGCAGCAGAAGAUGUAUGGGAGGCACUUUGACUUGGAGGAUGAGCUAGUGAGUCAUAUCUCGAGGAGGUCGAUCGAUAUUCUCAAAACGAAUUACCGGGAUGAUCUUUCCAUUGAGGAGUGGAAACUCGUCGUGAAGUUGAAGAGCCUAUUCAAAAUACAGUAAGAUGGUUACGUCCCCAUGCUUAAAUUUCCUGAUCCGGAUCCUCCCAGACUCUCCAGGGGUUGCUGCUUGGGUGAAGGAUUCUUCUAGCAGCCGCCGGGAUCAACGAUGAGAAGGAAGAACUAGGAUCUCCUCAGCAGUAAAUUGCCCGAUUUCGUGAGGAAGACCUGACCCAUAGGUCGGGGGUUCUUUGACGAUGUUUUUGCUCUAUCAAAUAUGUAAUAUGAGGUUGAGAUACGAGGUUCGUGUGUCGAUGCCGAACUUUUCGGAUGAAGAGAGAUGGAAAUAAAUUUGGUAUUUCUGUCGGCAGACGCUAAAAAUUAUUUCUGGCACGUCAAGUUCUGUACUUAAAUUUCCUUUUUCUCUGAGUUGAGGCUUCAAUGGUUUCAUCAAUUUUGAGAUUUUGUUUUUGUUGGAUCAAAUUAAAGGCCGUCUUUACUGUUGGUCGGAACAUUAUACACAAUUUCUAGAUA